AUGGGAAGGAGCCAACUUGUGCGGUCGAAAAGGCGAGCUCUCCAGGAUAGUUUCAUACAUGGCUGCCUCGACGGCCCACCUAUCCACGGCAGUUGGCGGACUUAUGUCAUAACCCGUGCAGUUAGACUCCUUCACUCGGGCCUAGAUCUUCCAGAGCACGGCGGCUUAGACGUCGCUGUCCGUAGCUCAGAGGAUGGGUGCCAGCUGGAGGGGCUUUCACGGUUAAAUGAAGUCGUCCCCGGUGCUGAUAUGAGAGGAAAGGCACACAAUGGGUGCGAGAAAUCACCAUAUGCGGAACAGAAAGAUAGAGGUCAAGAUACGGCAUAUCUCUCGCUCUGUUGGGAUGAUUGGUUAGAUGGGAAGAGAGAGGUUGUAAAUGUAUAUUUUUCUCUGGAUAGUUAG